AUGGAGGAAAGCCGAUACUCAGGGUUCUCGGAGUCACCCAGGAAGCGGUGCUGUGGGUGGGGGACCCGGCUUGUGCUGCUGGGGCUGGCCACCGCCGCCCUGUGGGCCGGGCUGCUGUCCCUGCUUCUCAUGUGGCACUGGGACACCCUGCGGAGUCAGAGACUGCUGGAGGAGGCGACUGCACGCAACGUCUCCCGCCUUUCCAAGGACUUGCAAAGACGCCAGCAUGACCAGGUGGCCCAGGAAUCCCAGGCUGCCCAGAUGUUGCAGCACAUGGAGGAACUCCGAGCUGAACAGAAGAGACUGAAAUCUCAGGAGUCCGAGCUGUCCGGCCACCUGGAUACGCUCCUCGCGGACCUGAACAACCUCAGGGCCCAAGCCUUGAACGCGGGGCGCGCAGCCUCAGACUCGGCGGCGAGACUCCAGGAGGAGGUGGCGAGGCUGCGGGUGGAGCUGCAGCUGUCCAAGGGCGUGACAUGCAACACCUGCCCCGAGGAGUGGGUCCAUUUCCAGCAGAAGUGCUACUACUUCGGGGAGGGCGCCAAGAAGUGGCUCCACGCGCAGUACGCCUGCGAGGACGUGGGGGGGCGCCUGGCCAGCAUCCACGGCGCAGAGGAGCAGGACUUCCUGAGCAAGCGGGCCAGCUGGAAGGGCUCCUGGAUCGGCCUCCAGGACCUGGACAGGGAGGGGCAGUUCACCUGGAUGGACGGGACCCCCAUGGACUACAGCAACUGGUCCCCCGGGGAGCCCAACAACCAGGCCCAGGGCGAGGACUGCGUGAUGAUGCGGGGCUCGGGCCAGUGGAACGACGCCGCCUGCCACAGCAAGCUGGACGCCUGGGUGUGUGACCGGCUGGCCACGUGCGGGCCACCUACCACCUCGACCCCCGAGGGGCCCCCGGGAACUACUCCCAGCCUUUGACCUCGACAGCCGCCUGCCCAGCCCUCUGUGGUCCUCUCCGCCACCCCUCGCCCACAUGGAACUGCCAGGCCCAGAGUGGGCCCCCAAGCACCCUCCACUGAGGCCUGGGUGCCUCCGCGGCCAAAAGGGCCCCGUGACGUUUUCACCCACCCAAACUGGGGCAGCUGGCCCACCCCCAGCUCCUCUGCAGCCCCUGCCCCGUCAGACUGUCCCCCUACUGCCCUCCCCAGAAGCAGCGCCGCAGGACAGAGACCCCAGCUCAGGCAGCGAGACCUCCGGCCCAGCCUGCGUCAAUACCAAGGGGCCACGAUGGCCCACUCCCUGGCCCCUCCUCGGAGGCCUGGCCAGGUCUGGUCUGGUCUCCGGGUGAGGCACAUGGCAGCUGCGAAUUCCAAAGCCUGGUGCCUGAGACCACCUUUGACCACUGUGAGCCACCAAAGUGCCACCAAAGUGCAAUUCGUACCUUCCCCACCUUUUGCACGCUUUCUUAUGUCGUUGUAAGAAUGUACUAGGUGGAGCCCACAGAUGAAGACUCUGGGGCCCGGGAGACCCCCUGACAAUACUGUAGGAGAAGGCAGUGGACCACCCUGAGCCCAGUUCCUCAGGCUGGGGCUGCUGGGGGAGGCUGAUGACACAUGGCAAGUGCCCAGAACAGGCCUGGUAUACAGAAGGCGCCCACUAAGUGCUGGCUGGGGAGUUGUAGGCAAGUUCAGGUCUGGAGGUGCUGGCCCCAGCCCCAAGCUAGGCUGGGGUCAGCCCAUGCCCCUGAGGCCACAAGAGGGAGGGUGGGAGGUCAGGAUGGCAGGACACCCCUCAUCAGACCCCUCUGCUGCUCAGGCCCACGCUGGGUCAUGCACGCCUCCUCCCUUUCCCCUGACCCCACCUCCAAGUCCUGUGGGCUCCACCGUCCCGACCACGCUCACAGUCGGCUCACAGAGAAAACCAAAGUCCUACAGGGUCCCUCAACGACCGCAGAACCCAUCCCGCCAGCCUCCUCACUGUUCCUUGGACAUGCAGUCUCGCCCCCAACCCCAGGACCUUUGCACGUGCAGUUCCCCCUGCUGGAUCCAUCCCCCAAGUCUCUGCUCCUGGUGGGGCCCAUCCCGAGUGUCCCUCCGCUCCCAUCUACCCUUAAAUCACAGCCCCCACUCCCUGUCCCCCAGUCCCCGCUGUGCUUUCUCACUGCGGCACACUUCCCCUUUCAACGAAACCCACCGUCGACUGAUUUCUGCUGCCAGCUCUCCGGUUAGAAUGUAAACAUCAGGAGGGCAGGCACCUUUGUUCUCAGCGGUGUGCCCAGUGCCUGGCACCGGGUAGGUGCUCAAUAAAUGUCAGAUUAAUAAAUCUGUGUGCCCACGGACAAAUGACUUCUCUCGGAACCCAAUUCAUGGCCCAGAACACAGGGUGAUGCCACUUGCCUGGCCACCGAAGGCUGGUGCUGCCUUCCCUGUCCUCAUUCUCCUCCUCCUCCUCCGGACUUGUUACAAAUGCAGAUUUUGAGGCACGCCCCAAACCUGCAGAAUC